UGCACAUCUGCGCCAGAGUCGUUGCUUUGCACUUUGGCCCUGCUCUUCUUCAGCGUCUUUGCAUCCUCUUCUCCUCGUUCCGCUCCAACGUACGGUACCGUCCUGUCCUGUCCGGUCCGGUCCUGUCCUGUCGCUUUGGUCGCUGCAAAGUAUAUCCUCGCUCCCCACCUGGUGCAAGAUUCCAGUAGCGCCCCGAUCUGCCCUUCUCCCUCCAGCUGGCUAGCAAGCAACCUGCUGAUCCUGCUUCCGCUCCGCUUGCGAGCCGAACCAUCCUCGCUGCUCUCUGUUCGAUCCUUCGACCUCCCUUCCAUCUCAUCCGCAUUGGACUCCGUCCUCCCCGUCGUCUUUGCCGAUGCACUCGCCUUGCGCUGUGCCUGCCCGUCCUACAUCUGAAGCUCGGGCCUGAGCCUAUUCGAUUUCGAUUCGCCCUACCGCAAGUGCCCAGAGCGGACGCACAAAACGCGACGCCUCCUCCUUCGUCAUCGCCUCGUGCACGCUGGUGAACAGCUUCAGAGGCCCCCCUCCAACCCCCUGCCAUCUCCUGCUCACCUGUCGCGUUGCUCCGCCGUGGUCUGCGAAGGAACCCACUUCUACCCCGACUCUUGCCAACUGCCUCCACUUCGCGAUCGCUCGACCACGCUUCCUGCGUUGCCGCGCUCCAAUCUCAACCGAGGUCGCGCAAGCUGUUCUGGCCCUGGACUUUUAUUUUAAUUUUUCCGUUCACGAUGGACUCCAAUUCGUCGGGCGGCAAUAACUCGAGCGACUUUGUUCGCAAGCUGUACAAGUGCGUUGAUGGAGGACAUCCUGUCCUGAUGGACGGCUGCUAAUGACGUGACCAGGAUGUUGGAGAGUCCUCAGGACGAGAGCGUGGUGCGAUGGGGUGACAACGGAGACAGCUUUGUCGUGCUCGAGGUAGUUGCUCAAACUGGCAAGCUCGCAGGCGGAUCUGUUUAACGCGAUCAUAGAACGAGAAAUUCACAAAACACAUUCUCCCCAAGCAUUUUAAACACAGCAACUUCGCGAGUUUCGUUCGACAAUUGAACAAGUACGACUUUCACAAAGUGAGACAGAACAACGAGGACAGCGGUCAAUCACCCUACGGACCAGGCGCAUGGGAGUUCAAGCACCCAGACUUCAAGGCGAACAACAAGGAUGCGCUCGAUAAUAUCCGUCGGAAGGCGCCUGCGCCGCGGAAGCCCGGCGUUAGCAACUCGGACGAGCUCGUCAUUCCUACGCAACAAAUGGACAUGAUGAAUGGACAACUGGUUGCAAUGCAGCAACAGCUUCAAACCAUGCAAGAUCGCAACUAUCAACUGGAGACACAGUACAAUAUACUGCUAAACGAGUUUAUGGGCAUGACGAAGACUGUGCUCAACCACGACCACGUGUUGCAGCAAGUCAUGGGCUAUUUGAAUGGACUCGACGCCCAGAGAAGGCGAGACAGCAGACUGGUAACGCCUUUCCCAGGAGGAAACCAGCAGGACGGCCAGACAAACCAAGCCGGCCAGCAACAACAGGCGGAAGAAGAAGAUACCCCAGCUUCACCGCUUCUCAACGCGGCCAAGCUUAUGAGUGAGAAUCAUGUGGAAGCGCUCAUCAACCCGAAAAAUCUCGAGCAGAUGAAUCAGAUGUCAAUGCGUGCCGCGAACGGUACGCUUACUACGCCUCCUCCAGAAUUAUACGCUCACAUGAAUGGGCGUCCAUCAAGCCGAAGUGCGCAACACUCUGCCUCCUCUUCCACGUCGGCGAGGUUUGAUAACCUAGACAAUCUAGUGUAUCCCGUCGGCGUCAACAAUGGUAUAGAUCCCAUGUACAGCGAGCACAUCCACAAUAUCCCAUACACCUUACCCGUUAAGCCACCAGAAUCGGCUGAAGCUACGUCGUCUGCGCAGAACUCUGGUGCCGCACAGCGAAAGAAGAGCACACAUAUCGAUCCCGGCUGGAUCCGCCAACCGCAGAUCCUUUUGGUUGAGGAUGACCCGACCUGUCGAAGAAUAGGCGGCAAGUUCCUGUAUGCGUUUAACUGCGCAAUCGACAAUGCUCUUGACGGUCUUGAAGCCGUAAACAAAAUUCAAAGCGGUGCUAAAUACGACCUCGUCCUCAUGGACAUCAUCAUGCCAAACCUCGACGGUGUUUCAGCGUGUCACUUGAUACGGCAGUUCAGUUCCACUCCUGUCAUUGCCAUGACGUCUAAUAUCCGGAGCGACGACAUCGAAAUGUACUUCCGACAUGGAAUGAACGACGUUUUACCCAAGCCAUUCACUAAGGAAGGCCUUUUGCACAUGCUUGAAAAGCACUUGGCUCAUCUCAAGCAGCCCGUGCAUAACCUGGACAUGGGCCAUCCAACUUCGGCCGGCCUGCAGCCCAGUUCAGGACGCACGUCCAUGAAGGAAGAGGAAUCACCUGCAAAAUCACCCGCCACUGGUAGCACCUGGAACUCGCCUUCCCAGGUCCCCGGUGUUUCUCCCGUCACAAGCACCGCCACGGAAGAGGGUUACGGACAGAUGGGUCAGCCGCACCCUGGAUUGUAUGCCGUACAGAACCCCAUGCAGCAAGUCAACCCCAUGACAGGUGGUGGCCAGAUGCAGUUCGGGCAACAGUCAGGACUUGUACAACAGCAGCAACGACAAACAAGUGGACAACAUCGAAGGCAGAUAUCGGACAUCUCGGGAGGUGCAGACGAGGCGUCUGCAGCAAAGAGGCAGCAGAUGUAUCCCCCAAACAUGCAGCAGAACGUGCCGCCGCAUAUGAGGGGAAGAUGAUAUGCGGGACGUUUCCCGCUUCAUGCAUCCCGCCUCUUGAUCGAGUCGCCCAAGCUCAUGAGCGGCAAAUGCCCUCGACUCGUUCAGUCCGAGCAUUCGGCCGCGCAGCUUUUUCAGACGCCACGUCUGCUGUACAUAAUCGUGAGCGCACGCUCCGAGACACUCUUUCUGCAGUGGCAUGAUUUUUUGCACAAAAUUUACGGGCGGUUUUUUUUGGGAUACCUCUAGAGUUUGCUGCAUGGCAUAUGGGAAUGAUGAUGACCUAUCAGAAGAUCAUCUAAGGCCACGUCUACAUACGAGAGAUUUUCUUCCCCUCUAACCCCGGGAUAACCCCUUGGAGGUUCCCUACUAUUCUCAUUGGAGGACAAAUGGUACAAUUAUUGGGAAGGGGCACGAACACCCUAUUUUAUCUAUCCAGUCUUGGGAAGCUUUUUUGUUUUGUGCAGUGAAUAGUAUGUUCAGCACGUGUGCUCGUUGAUGCGAGCAAUUUUUGGGUACUUUGUAAUCAUGACGGAUAUCAAAGCUGGGGCGCCUGCAGCAACACAAGGCGGAUAGCAAUAGCAAAAUGAGACAGAAAUGACGACAAGCCUUUUCAAA